GACCUAUCCAAGAGAAAUGUGAGCAGGUCUUGGCUGGAGCUCAAUCUGAAAUGGACCGACCACGGGGCUACCCUCCGGUGUUCCGCCGCCAGCCCCGCCCUGCAGGACAGGGUCGUCUCUAACAGUUCCGUCUUCGAUGUUCAUUUCUCUCCGCGUCUCCACCUGGCCCUCGGCCGGAUGCUGCAGCCAGAUGGGAUCAGGGAAGAUAUGGACGUGUACUUUCACUGCUCUGUCACUGCUAACCCCAAGGUGUACAAGAUCACCUGGUAUCACAAUGACGAAGAGGUGCAACAAGACGCUUUAGCUGGGGUGCUAGUCUCAAACGACCACCUUGUGCUGCAGAAAAUCAAGCGCCGCUGGAGCGGUUCCUACGUCUGCAAGGCCUCGAACGUCGUGGGAGACUCACACUCCAAGCCCUUAUCCAUCACAGUACAGUACGCCCCGAUUUGCUCGUCAGCGUCGACGACGGUGUACCGAGCGGCGUUGGGGGAGGAGAUAGUGCUCCCAUGUCGAGUUCUCUCCCACCCCGCUAACGUCACCUUCUCCUGGACCUUUAUGAACACCCUCACAGAGCACGAGAGGGUGCCGGGGGACCGUGUCUCGUGGGGGGGUCUUGUGUCGCGUCUCCGUUACCUUCCGGAGAAGACCCAAGACUACGGCACCUUGCAUUGCUGGGCCUCCAACAGGGUCGGGCAUCAGAAGGAACCAUGUGUAUUCACCGUCAAGCCAGCUGGAGUACCAUCCCCACCUCUAAACUGCACCGUCAGCAACCAGACGUGGGAGAGUGUGGAGGUGAAGUGCGGUGACCUGGGAGGCUCUCUGGGUCCCCACCACCAGCCUCCGGACCGCCGCCAAGGUGAAGACUACGACUACUCCUCCCCAGGAGACGAUGACCUCCCAACGCCCAGCAACCCGGCGGAACUACUGCAGGAUAAGGACAAGCCUCGGUACCUCCUGACGGUGCAGGAGCGACUCACUCACGCCGUGGUUCAUAACGUCACGGGUGAGCGAGGAAAAUUCUCUGUCAGCGGUCUGACGCCCGGGCUGGACUAUAUAAUCUCUCUGGUCCGCUACAACAGCCAUGGUCGUUCCUCUAACGUGACACUGGAAGCCUUUACCCUCAGGACGGCGGAAAACAGGAUGCGAGAAGAGGAAGAAGUAGGAGACUCGGCCCUACUUGGGAUGGUGUUGGGUGUGUUAAGUGUAGUGCUUCUACUUGCCGUGGGCGCUAUACUCAUCACGUUACGCUCUCGUACACGCCCGCGAGCCUGCACGCCCACAGAGACUACCCGUCUACCGCCUGGGGACGCUAGCGACUCAACCGGAUUGGAUCAUCCGGAUCUUCUUGAAGGGGAGAGUCGUGUGGGGGCGGCUGGUGCUUACCGGUCGACGGAGGUCACGCAGGCGCUGCUGUCGCCGUCAGCCCGACCUGCGGACGAGAAAAUGAGCCCCACACCCAACUCCGUCUCCCCCACCGCCCUCCACCUCGACUACCUCCCAUGCGAGAGCUCAGACAACCUCUCCCCUAGUGUGAGGACCCACCCACGCCUCUACGUGAGGGCGGAGGGCCUCACCAACCAGCAGGAGAGCUUUCUCUGAACACACUUUCCUUAGACUAGGCCACGAGAGGGAAGCAUUUUUUACCUCCUGGAGGCUUCUCCACAUCUCAAUAUUGCCAUGUAGUGUAGUAUUUUAAUAUUUUUAUUUUUUAAUUUUUUAAUUUUUUUUUUACUUAGAGUGGGUCUAUUUAUUCGGUUAGUGAAGACGUCUGCCCCACGUUUCUGUUCGCUCGAAGCUAAAAGGAUAUUUUCUGCGUGUUAUUGGCUAACGUUGGAGUUUUGAUAUGGGAUUUUUAUUCUUCAUUGUGUGUUAGAAAAGAUGGUGAACUUGGACACGCGUCUUGGUCGUCUUGAAACAGUGAUUGUCCUGUGUUUCAGUGGCCAGAUAAUUUUUAUCGUGGAUCUUAACAGAAAAUACUUGAAAAAAUAUAUAGAAAGAAUAGAAACAAGAAACUAGAGUGGUUUAAAUAUAAAAGUAGAAAAGGAUUAAAUAUAUGAUAUUUUAUUUUUAUCAAAACUCUAGGCUUUUAAAGUCUCCCUUACCAGUCCAUUUCCUCUGACAUGGGAGACUGAAUGGGUUCCAUAUUACUCAAGUAUCUGAUGGAGUUUAUUCCUUCAGUACUUCAGUAAAUAAGACGUCAUUUAAAACGUGUCAAAUAUCGAAGACCCGUUGCCAGAAACGUUGCUGCUAUAAACGUUACCAAGAAACGUUGCCAGACUUGGGUCGGUGUGAUUCCAUUACUGGCCCCACACAACGCCACUGUUCACAAAUAUUUCCAAAUGCUCUUCCUCGAUCGUUUUCUGCUGUGGUAACUGCGUCUAUGGUCAUGGCAACAUUGCAGCUGCCAUCAUCAGGAGAAAACCGAUUUCCCAGGAGAAAAAUUUAAGGUAAUGUGAAAAAAUUUCCCCAAAAAAAACCAAUGGCAUAAUGCUCAAGAGCCACAUUGAUAAUACUCUAAUCGUUCUCAGCAUUAUGAACCUCUUCUUGAGUAUGUGAAGUGAGAUGAGCAGAUCUUGAGUUUCAACUUGAGUGCCCGCUCUGUGGCUGAUGCAGUUUCUUAGCUGCUUUUGAGGGUCUUAUCACCAGGGAAUUUUGAGCGGCAACUUGUUUUUAUUAUGGGGUGGUUGCUGGUAUUUAGGGAGUUGCAUUUACUCCAUAUGAAGAAAACUACAUAUUAGACUUCCAUUUAUUUUUAAACUUUGAGAUUGUCAGUCUAUGUGCUCUUUUCAUAAAGAUAUUUGAUUGAUGAUUGUACAGACUUAGGUUGAAACCACAUCAUGAAAACAUUUUCAUCAAUUGUGUGCGAGCAUCAACUCCCUGAAAAUAGAAAACCUUUGGAAUGAUAGGUUUAUAAAUAUUGUAAAAAAAAAUUAAAAUUUAUACUGUAAAAAAGUACUUCAUGUAAAUCAUUAAUGGGCCAGCAUUUUUUUUAAAUCUUGCUUUUAUUGUUGCAAUCUAUUUUCAUGUGCAAUCAUAUUUUUCGACCUUCUAAACUGGAGGACAAGCCAAUGUACAGGAUAAGUAGACCUAUAUAUAUAUAUAUUUUGGCAGAAGAGGCUGUGGAAAUUUCUGAGUCCUGACGCAAGUGCGUGCGCGCUCGUGCUUAUAGGUGUGAGGGUGCCUGUGUGUGUGUGUGUGUGUGUGUGUGUGUGUGUGUGUGUGUGUGUGUGUGUGUGUGUGUGUGUGUGUGUGUGUGUGUGUGUGUGUUUGUGCGCGCGUGCGAGUUCGUAGGUGCAGUUUUUGAGUGAGUAUGUGUACAUGUGUGUGUGUGUGUGGGUCUGUUACUGGUUAGAUAUUGCCAUAAACAUGUCUCCAAGAGCGGACCUAUCAGCAGUAGACUCUCCUACUUGCAAUCUGGAAGGCGGUGUAGGGAGGUUUCGGAAGUUGGAAGUACGACCAUGAUAUUCACGGUACGACCAUGGGAGUUGGAAGUACGACAACAUCAGUAGAUAGUACGGGCGUCUACCGUGAGAGUUCGUGCUACUGGAAACUGGUUCAGUGCUCACUUCCCCCCCAAAAAAAUAAAUCAGCCGAAAACUAUUUAUAUAAAUUGAAAUAUCAAUUUAUUUUGAAUGUGGCUACUCUUGAUAUAUGUAUGCAUGAAUAUAAAAAAUAUAUUUAAAUAAAUUUUUAAUUUAAUUACAUUAUA